ACCUCUUCAUUCCACAAGAUGUCAAAUGUCACAAAAUUUACUUGGAAAAUGACAUCUCAGCACCAAAAAGAUGAGUAUUUUCGUGAAUUUGAAAAAGCAUUUUCAUGGCCUUCUGAUUGGGAGCAUGAGGUGAAGAAGAUGUGGAAUGAAAAAGCUGCAAGAAGAUACUCGGGUUUUAUCAGUUCCUUGAAGGUGAUGUACAAAGCCGGUAAAUCUCGACCAAUUUACGUACCUGAUGGACUGAUAAACCAUUGGAAAGAUCCAAAUGUUAUCAAGAGGUCUGAAGCUGCAAGGAAGACAAGAAUGUCCGAACCUGAUGGACCUGGUAUAGGAAUAAGCAAACAACGAGGAGGGUCGGUGUCUAUUGAGGAGAGAUCUAUGUGGAAGGCGGCCGAGAGGGGAGUAUCGAUCAUGGAUUGUGUGUAUGAAUCGUUCAGUGACUUACACAGGUUCAAGGAUGUGAAGUAUACAUGCAAGAGUGCAGGAGAUUGUUGCAAUGCAGGAUGAGAAUGCAAAUCUAAGCCAGAUCUUUAUCAAUGACGUUUUUGAAGGUAAGCUCGAUAAAAAUAAAAGGAUGUUUGGAACUGGGAAUCUGGCAAAAAGCCUUGUGGGUGGCAGUCUAGCACGAACUCCGGGAUUGAAUGCUCAUGCUCAUUCCCCGACUGACUUAGAUCCUUCUGUGCGAGUAGAGAUAAGAGAGGAAUUGCGCGAAGAAUUGCGCACAGAAUUGCACCAAGAAUUGUGGGAACAAAUGCACUAGGAGCUCAAUGCUGACCGUGAGCACAGGACAAAGUUGGAAAAUGAUGUUUCUAUGAUGCAAGAGAUGAUGAAGCUGUUCAUGACGAUGGCCCACAAGUCCAGCCACGCUUCUGACAGUUCUGUUGGGAUAUGACCCAUGUAUCACAAACUUGAUACGAUGUCUUUUGUUGCUUGUUUUGUAGGGAUAUGACAUCAUACGUUUCAUACUUUUGUUGAUUGUUUUAAGAGUAAAGGCCAAAAUUGAUUCUAAA